GACUGCACGUACCGUCUUCAAGAACUCGCCUCCAGAGGAACCGGUCACCACGGAGCGGGAUAUGUUCAGACUAACGUGAAGAUGGAUGUUAUCUUUGGUCUCCUGUGGUUAUUGGCCGUACUAUUCGAAGGCGUUUUUUGCCAGGGAGUAUACGCUCCUCCAAAUGUUCGGAUCAUCCACUCCGGUCACGCAUGCAACAUUGAGGAGGAGCGCUACACAGAGAGGGUUUAUACUAUCCAGGAGGGGGAGACUUUGGAGCUGACCUGUCUGGUCUCUGGGCAUCCACGGCCACAGAUACGAUGGACCAAGACAGCAGGCAGUGCUACUGACCGCUUCCAGGACACCAGUGUAUUCAAUGAGACACUACGCAUAACCCGCAUCCAGAGGCACCAGGGUGGCCGCUAUUACUGUAAGGCUGAGAAUGGCCUCGGCACUCCAGCCAUCAAAUCCAUCCGAGUGGAUGUCUACUAUUUAGAUGACCCCAUUGUUACGGUCCAUCAGAGUAUAGGAGAGGCAAAGGAGCAGUUUUACUAUGAGAGGACCGUGUUCCUGCGGUGUGCUGCCAAUUCGAACCCUCCAGUGCGGUAUAGCUGGAGACGGGGAAGGGAGUUCCUAUCCCAAGGUUCUGACAAGGGUGUGGAGAUCUACGAGCCUUUUUUUACACAGGGGGAGACCAAGAUUCUCAAGUUAAAGAACCUGCGUCCUCAGGACUAUGCCAACUACACAUGCACUGCCUCUGUCCGUAACGUCUGUGGCAUCCCUGACAAGAGUGUGCUAUUCCGGCUAACCAACAAAACAGCUUCCCCAACUAUUAAGCUGCUUGUGGAAGACCCUAUUGUGGCCAACCCUGGGCAGACAGUGACCCUGGUCUGCAUUAUUUCUGGAGGGGAGCCCAACCCAACCCUGACUUGGGUGCAGAACACUGAAGAGCUCCCAAAAAAGAGUGUGCUAAAUGGUGGAACCCUCACUAUACCUGCCAUCAGUACUGAGGAAGCUGGGGUUUACAGCUGUGUAGCUAGUAACAACGUGGGCAAUCCUGCAAAGAAGUCCACCAACAUUGUCGUCAGAGCUCUAAAGAAGGGGCGUUUUUGGAUCACACCAGACCCCUAUCAUAAUGACGACAACAUCCAGAUCGGCAGAGAGGUGAAGAUAUCCUGCCAGGUGGAGGCCACACCGCCUGAGGAACUGAUGUUCAGCUGGCUGAAAAAUGGUCGCCCGCUGCGUAGCUCAGAGCGGAUGGUCAUUACACAGACUGACCCAGAUAUUGCCCCAGGAACCACAAACUUGGACAUCAUCGACCUCAAGUUUACAGACUUUGGCACUUACACCUGUGUGGCCUCACUAAAAAAUGGAGGGAUACCGGAGAUCAGCAUAGAUGUCAACAUCUCCUCUACCACUGUUCCACCCAACCUGACUGUCCCACGAGGGAAGUCCCCCUUGGUUACUCAGGAAGGGGACACAGUAGAGCUGCAGUGCCUGGUGUCUGGCAAACCCAAACCCAUCAUCCUUUGGUCACGUGCUGAUAAAGAAGCUGCCAUGCCAGACGGCAACAUGCAGACUGAAAGCUACGAUGGAGUGCUGCGUAUCGUCAAUGUCUCCCGCGAGAUGACCGGCACUUAUCGCUGCCAAACCAGUCAGUACAACGGCUUCAACGUCAAACCUCGAGAGGCCAUCGUAGAACUCAUAGUGCAGUAUCCUCCUGCGGUGGAGCCGGCAUACACAGAGAUUAGGCAGGGUCUGGGCCGUCCGUUCUCGCUGAGCUGCAGGGUCUUACGUGCCCACCCCUCGAGGGUACUGAAGUAUGAAUGGAAGCUGGGCACCAGACUGCUGACCAUGGGUCAGUUCGACAAUCGAGAUGAGACAGAAUACCACGUAAGGUCACUCAACCGCGAGGGCUAUGGUGCAUACACCUGUGACAUCACCAACGAGGCAGGUGCUGGCCGAUGUACUUUCCUUGUUACAGGCAAAGCCUUUGCGCCUGAGUUCUACUAUGACACCUACAGCGCUCUGUGGCAGAACAAGCCUCGCGUCUAUGGCUUCAAACUCCAGUGGACUCAAAUGAAUCCCAAUGCGGUCGACCGUAUCGUGGCCUAUCGACUUGGAAUCAAGCAGACGGGGCCUCAGAGAUGGUGGGAACAGGAGAUCCCAAUAGAAGACAACAUUCAGAAAGGAGAACUACUCACCUACAAUCUCACUGAACUCAUUAAACCCGAGGCCUACCAGGUCCGCCUCACACCAAUAACACGAUUCGGAGAGGGAGAUUCAACGGAGAGGAUCAUUCACUAUAGCGCACCAGUGAAUCCUCAUUGGAGUAAGUUCCACUGUGGCUUUGAUGAGGAAACCAUCUGUAUGUUAACUCAAGAUAAAACUGAAGAGUUUGAUUGGACAAGACAUAGCGCUUCCAGCAGGAACACUAAAUAUACACCCAACACUGGACCCAGCAGCGACCGUACUGGCUCUAAACAAGGCUUCUACAUGUACAUCGAGACCUCACGGCCACGUCUAGAGGGUGACAAGGCAAGACUAUUGACCCCAUCCUUCAAUGUUCCCCCGAAAAAUCCCUAUGGAAAUGUGGUCAGCAACCCAACUUACUGCGUCAGUUUCUACUACCACAUGUAUGGAAAGCAUAUUGGAACAUUAAACGUAUAUUUGAGACUGAAGAGCCAGUCAGGUCAGGAUGCGUCUGUGUGGACCUUGAGUGGGAAUCAAGGAGACCGCUGGAGGCAAGCCAGAGUUAACAUCCAUCCCACGUCCUCUUUCCAGAUUGUAUUGGAGGGCGUACGAGGUGCUGGAAUUGAAGGGGAUAUCGCCAUAGAUGAUGUCACCAUAGAGGAAGGAGAGUGUCGAGACCCGCCACCCAGUAGUAAUAUAAGAUCCCUGGCCACUCCUACUGCAGUGCAUAUAUGGCAACUUUGUCUCACUCUACUUUUGGUCUUGCUUGGCCUCCGAAGGUGACCGCAUCAUAUAGAGUUGGAACUCAGCUUUUAGCAUUCAUGAAGAUUUUGGCUAACUCGGACUGCCUGAACACAACAACCAAAGAUUCAUCCCGUCUACACAAAAGGAACGUAGGUUUUAGAUCAGUGUGAAUGAAGAGGAAGCCGUGGAGGAAAUCUGUUCCUCAUUAACGCAUUGACAUCAGUUUUACACUUCUAAAGAUCUGGAGGACAAUUCCAUUACAGUUGUCAGUGUUAGAAAGAAGAGAACAGGUGUACCUGGAUUCUUAUCACAGUACGGCUUCAGAGACUUAAUAGGGGAAUCUUUCAAAGCACAAAGACACAACAUGUAUUUCCAUCGCUACAUGUUUUUUCUUUGUUAAAUGUCAGCUACUGUCAUCAAAGACCUCAUUAUGCCACAAUACAUCAUAUUGAACCACGUUGUGCUGGUACAACAGGAAGAUUCCAUUUUUAAUAACAAGUACAGUACCAGCGAUGGGAACAAAAAUGAAAGCUCAUUGGUUUCCUUUCAUUUACUUACACUCUAGAUGUAUGUAUGAAAAUAAGUAUGUCAAAUACAGUCAUGCUUUUAUAGUUUCCUGUACUCUAAUGCUAUCAAUGUGAGGAUCAGGGCUCCACCAAGAUGUGUUAUUUUUUUAAAGCUGUUUGUGGGGUAUAGUCUUGAUCUAAAUUUUGCUUGUGGGUGGUGUUUUCUUAUGUACGUGUCUUUUGUGUUUUCACAGAUACAAUGGCUGAAACACUUUAACAAGUACUUAUACAAGUACCAUAUAGGCCAUUAUAAAUUUCACCUGAUUUAUCCAUUAUUUUCUUUUGUUGUUUUUAGAUUUGUUACCAAACUGCUAUUUGUGAUAAUGCAAUUGGCACGAUGAACACCCUCUCUCUCUCUCUCUCUCUCACUGAAAAUCAUUACAUUUUCAUUUCAGUGUGGCUCAGAUAAACAAAAGUAUAGGAACAAGAGAAUGGCCCUCUGAAUGCCAAACUGUCCUCUUAAGAUUAUGCUGACCUGCUCGCAGUUGUUUUCUUUAGGUGCGUAAAGAUAGCUGUCCUCUCAAGUCCGGUCACCUUCGGACCCUGUUCUAUAUGGAACACAGAGCUGCUAUCUGUAAUGAAAUCAAGUGCCUUCAGAACCUACUGUAAAAUCAUUCUAUUCUAACUUAUUGUGCGUGCAUCUCUGGCAUUUUCUUUUGGCACAGUUUAUAGGUGAGAUGAAAGGUGAAAAUCAGAGACCCAAGCACGAGAGACGGGUGACCGCAGUGCCAAAUGUUACAUCACUGAUGUCUUGAGUUCCACAUGCUGUUGAUGGUUAAUCAACUAUUAUUUUGACAGCCAACACUUUCAAGAAUACAUCCUACUAAUAUAAAGAAAGGGAAAAAAUGAUGAAAGAACUGGGCUAAAAAGGACCAUUGAUUCAUCAGUAGAACAUCUGGGAGCUAUUAUCACUUGGUGAAAAACAGCCAGGAGGAUCACAAUGAAAUCCUCCUUCAAUAUGAUGAGACUUCUGUGCUGCUGAAAAAAGAAAUUUUUUUCAGUCAUGCCGAAGACUGGUGGACUGAGAUGUACGAGUGGGUGGACAGAAAUGAUCAGCUUUGAAUAUCUGGAUCCAUCCGCUUGGAUUUGUUUAAAUGAUAUUUUAUUACUGUAAUGAAAAUGAACUGCUUUUACAAAAAAUCUUACAAACUCUGAACUACCUGAGACCAUCCGUUACCUUAACCAGCUGGUUUUUGGAAAUGUAUUGUAAAAUCACUUUUAUCAUUCAUAAUGUUCAUUACCGGGGAAGAAUUACCUUCCUCUCCCAAAAAUAAUGUUUUGUUUUUUGGGGUCUUAGAAAUGUAAUCAUUUCUAAAUUCCUUUUGCAUUACACAUUAUGGCAUAAUUUCAAACUAUAGUUUGAUUUGAUAAAAUAAUAUCUAAUAUAUUAUAUGCAAAUACACCUAUUAUGGAGGUCUAUGAGAACUUCAUUCUUAUGAAUAUUCAGACAAAGACGCACAAUGUGAAAUAUUAAUAUAAAAAUUCAAAACUUCAAUACCUUCAACACACAAUAAGUUGUUUUUGUCUCAAUUUUAUUAAAGUCACAAUCAACCGGAAUAAACUACUGAGAAAUUAUUUACGUAAAGAAAACGGGUUUUUUUUAUAUUUCAGUUCAAUAAAAAGCUUUCAUGGUAAUGUGAGA